AUGCCCCGCGGUGAGAUCGAUCCGGGCCUGGGUCGGGUCCUAUCGGCCCUGGACAAACUUGGCUCGCCUCAGCACUCGCUGAAAGGGCGCGUGCUGCAUGUGGCGGGCACCAAUGGCAAAGGGAGCGUUUGCGCGAUGCUCUUCUCUGCAUUGAGGCGGGCGAAACUGCGCGUUGCGAUGUUUACAUCGCCUCAUCUCGUAGAACCCUCCGAUGCUUUCCGCCUAGCAGAGGAUGGCCAGGACCAAGACUUCUCGAAAGAGCAGUUGAGCUCUCUCCAGGAUGAGAUCGUCGAACUAUGCCGGCCAGCAGAGCACGAAGCAGACGCCAGGACACUCUCACUCACAUCUUUUGAGCUGCAAGUCGUCAUGGCGCUGACGCUCUUCGCCCGACGGCAGGUUGAUGUUGCCAUUCUGGAGGUUGGCAUGGGCGGACGCGACGACGCCACGAACGUCCUCAUCGAGCCUGCUGCUUGUGCCAUUUCGAGCAUAGCCAUGGACCACGAGAAAUUCCUCGGCUCGACUCGUGAGGAAAUAGCAGGCCACAAGGCAGGUAUUUUCCAAGCUAAUCGUCCCGCCUUUGUGGCUACGUCGGGGAUGUCGCAGAGUGUGAAGAAGGUCAUAGCCGACUGCGCAGAAGCGGUGCGCUCUUUGCCCGUGACGUGGGUGGAGCCUGCAGAGGCUGCUGCACCGACAUCCGAGGAAGCAGGCGAGAUGAUCUCCGAGGUCCAGGUGCUCAGGGUCAGAGGCUUCAGCGAGGAGCUUCGCUUGCCGCUCUUGGGCGAGUACCAACGCUCAAAUGCAGCUCUCGCGUUGGCCAUGUUGCUUGAGCUUCGUCGCCAGCAGCUUCCACUUCGAAGCAGAGAGCGGGUACUCGAUGUGUCCGUGCUUGACGACAGUACCAUUGCAGCCGGCAUGGCCGCAACAAAAUGGGCUGGACGCUUGGAAUGGCUUCAAUUAGCCGGUGCGGGACGUGUGCUCCUUGAUGGUGCGCACAAUCCGUAUGCAGCGGAAGCUUUAGGAGGCUAUGUGGAUUCGGCAUUGCGACCACACGGGCGCCCUAUCUCUUGGGUCAUCGCCAUGAGUGCGGGUAAGGAUGCCGAAGCCAUCCUUCGUGAGCUGCUCCACUCAGAUCAGGAUGCAGUCUACGCUGUUGGCUUCUCCGCAGUGGAGGGGAUGCCUUGGGUGCAAGCGCAGGCGCCGGAUGAGAUCCUGACUUCCAUCAGGUCUGUGAGACCUCAUCUGAGACGAGCCCAGGCAUGCUCGGAUCUUGCAGCAGCCCUUGAGGCCACGAAGAUUGAUCCGGUCGCAUCACAGGUCGUGAUUUGCGGCUCACUGUACCUGGUGGCCGAUUGC